UCGAAGUGAAGGAAAAUGAGCAAUCCCGAGAGUUUCAAUAAAUCAAAGGCUGUCGAUGAGGGUGAUGCUAAGGCCAUCGAUCGUCAGAGGCCGGCUCACUGCAUGGACGAUGACAUCUAUAAGUGCCUGCUGAAACGACAUGUACAUAGAUAUCCUGAUGACGGUAGCCAUAAGAUGUGGAUGCUUCCCCAGCUAAUGAUACUAUUUUCAACUGGAGAUAUAAACCAGGUGGCCAACGCUAUUGCGAAGGAUAUGAUGCACCCGAUUGGCAGUGGUCUGAUCGCCAGCGUGCUUGUGGAAGAAUCGAUACGUGAGGAGGUGAUACAAAGGAUUAAGACUCUUUUAAAACCAAUGGACGAACGCCUGCACCAACAUCCAAAUUACUUGAGAUCGCUCAAGCUCAUACACCGCAUGAACAUAGAGACCAUACACAUAGCGGAGUACGAGGAAGGGGACACAGAGAAGCGUUUUGAUCACAUGAAGCCUGGUUCGCCCGUGAUAGUACUGGAUUUCCCGCAACGCUAUAUCGGCGAUAAGCCAACAGCUGUCAUAACUAUGAGCACCUUUCGAAAUUUCAAGGAAAUUGUCAGGCUGUACCAUCGGGAAGGCUUGAGUUUCGAUUCGGUUUCUGUGUGGACAGCCAAGCUGGCACAGUGCUUUGAGCUGGUGACUAGACUGCCGCUGCCACCGCACUGGACUUUUAAUUGUGUGAACGUGCAGGUCGAUUUCUUGCUAAAAAAUCCGGAAUCAAACGCCACGGUAACCGUCACACAAAACAUGCACUAUGAGCUUCAUGCUAUCAAUGGAAAAUAUAAGACAAUUGCCUUUCCCCUAAGUCGAGAUUGAUUCUAGCUCUUUACU